AUGUCUUCACUCAGUGUUAGCAAGCCUCUCUACUCUGCUCUCAGAAGACUCUCUCUGCAACGCCUGUCCUCUACACUCACCCAUGUUCCGGAUGAUGAGAAAGCCAAUAAUAAUACAAUUGGAACAAAACCUAGCUUCAUCCAUCCCUCUGCGAAUGUUCACCCAAACGCCAUUAUAGGUCAGGGUGUUUCAAUUGGCCCCUUUUGUACUGUCGGACCUUCAGCAAAGCUGGGGAAUGCUUGUCAACUGUACGCUGGAAGCCAUAUUUUUGGAAAUACAGAAAUGGGAGAUAACUGCAUAAUAUUGACAAGCAGUGGUGCUGUUGUUGGAGAUGAGCUUCCUGGGUGUACAGUCAUUGGGCACAAUAAUUUUAUAGGGCAUCAUGCUGUGGUUGGCACUAAAUGCCAAGAUAUGAAGUAUAAGACGGGUGAUACUUGGAUGUCUGUUGAUAUGUGCCCAACAAACUUUGGACAUUGGGAUAUGAAUUUUUUGUUAAAGCCAGGGAAUGAAUGUUUCCUUGAUAUUGGUGACAACAAUGAGAUCAGAGAACAUACAUCUAUCCAUCGAUCUUCAAUGCCAAAUGAAAAAACUGUUAUUGGUGAUAACAAUCUUAUUAUGGGGUCUUGUCAUGUAGCCCAUGACUGCCAAGUGGGUAACAACAACAUUUUUGCCAAUAAUACUCUUCUAGCAGGUCAUGUUGUAGUGGAGGACUAUGCUCACACUGCAGGGUCCAUUGUUGUCCACCAAUUUUGUCAUCUUGGAUCUUUUUGUUUCAUUGGUGGUGGUUCUGUGGUUUCCCAAGAUGUCCCAAAAUACAUGAUGGUGGCUGGAGAAAGAGCUGAGCUGCGUGGUUUAAAUUUGGAAGGUUUGCGGCGGCGUGGAUUCUCAACUCUUGAGAUCAAGAGCCUGAGAGCAGCUUAUAGGAAGAUAUUCAUGCCCACUGAUGCAAAUUCUGGGGGUAUUGAAGAUCGUCUUGCUGAAGUGGAACAGUGUGAAGAAUUCGCUCAUGUUCCUGUUGUGCGUUCCAUGGUAGUAUCUGUACGUGAUUCUUUUGCUGCAAAACGUCGUGGAAUUUGCAAGUUCUGA